CAGUGUCUGUUUCACAUGAUCCCAAAAAUAAUGGAAGGUCCAUGCCUUGCUACUUAGCUACUCCAAGAAAAGUGAUAGUAAAGCUCUCCCCUCCAUCUUAGUCUCCAAAAGCAUCUUCUGGAAAAUCAAAGAAAAAGAAGGAAAGAGAGAAUGUCUAUCUGAUUUUAGUUCAGAUAGAGAUAGAGGGAGUGUUGAGAGUCUUGAGAGACAGAGUGGAAUUUAGAGAGAGGAGUUGAAAACUUUGAGAGAGGUGGAGAUGGGUGGAGUUACUUCAUCCAUGGCUGCCAAGUUCGCCUUCUUUCCACCCAACCCACCAUCUUACAAGCUCAUCAGGGACGACCUCACUGGGCUGUUGCUUCUCAGUCCCUUCCCGCACCGUGAAAACGUGGAGGUGCUCAAAUUGCCCACUCGUCGGGGCACCGAGAUUGUGGCGGUGUAUGUUCGGCACCCCAUGGCGACCUCAACCCUUCUCUACUCUCAUGGCAACGCCGCCGAUCUGGGCCAGAUGUAUGAGCUCUUCAUCGAAUUGAGCAUCCACUUGAGAGUUAAUCUCAUGGGGUACGAUUAUUCUGGGUACGGGCAAUCAUCUGGGAAGCCAAGUGAGCAGAAUACAUAUGCAGAUAUUGAAGCUGUAUACAAGUGUCUUGAAGAGAGCUAUGGUGCAAAGCAGGAAGAUAUCAUCCUUUAUGGCCAAUCUGUUGGGAGUGGCCCAACAUUGGAUCUUGCUGCUAGGCUGCCUCAGUUAAGAGCUGUUGUUUUGCAUAGUCCUAUACUUUCAGGUUUAAGAGUUAUGUAUCCUGUAAAGCGAACAUACUGGUUUGACAUUUAUAAGAACAUUGACAAAAUUCCACUGGUUAAUUGUCCUGUGCUCAUCAUUCAUGGAACUUCAGAUGAAGUAGUUGAUUGUUCCCAUGGCAAGCAACUCUGGGAACUGUGUAAAGAGAAGUAUGAACCUCUAUGGCUUAAAGGAGGGAACCACUGUGAUUUAGAGCUCUAUCCUGAGUAUAUCAGGCAUCUCAAGAAAUUUGUAUCAACUGUGGAGAAAUCGCCUUCCCAGAGGAACAGUUCUAGGAGAAGCACAGAUCAGUUUGAGCAGUCUCGGAGGAGUACUGAUGUUUUCGAGGUUUCAAGGAAAAGCACCGACCGGAGAGAGAAACCAAGGCAGAGCACUGACAGACUUGAAAAACAGAAAAACCUGUCCAAUAAUGCUGAUAAGCUAGAAAAGUUAAGAAUGUCUUUUGACCAAAUGGAAAGGUCUCGGAGAAGUGUUGAUUGCCAUGAGAAGUCCCGGAAAAGCAUUGACCACCAACUGGAAAGAGCUCGGAAGAGUGUGGACCGAUUGGAACGAAUACGAACUGGGUAAUUCUAAAACAAAAAAUUCAGGUGCUGGUUUGCUCCUGUGGGGGAAAAAUUAUUUGUUUGUUUUUUCUUAUUUAUGGUUUAUCGGCUGUGUAGUUGGCUUGUGGAAGUUCUAUAACAACUCUAGCAUGAAAUGAGAAAGGGUUUGGUGUUAUGAUGGGAUCA